AGAGAGAGAGAGAGAGAGAGAGGAGAGAUGACAGACUGGGGACCGGUGUUCGUGGCGACGGUGCUGUUCAUCCUCCUGACUCCCGGGAUGUUGAUCCAAAUUCCAGGCUGGAGACGGUAUGUCGACUUCGGCAAUUUUCAAACUUCCGGGGCCUCAAUACUUGUCCACUCUAUCCUCUACUUGGCUUUCAUGUGCAUCUUCUUGAUAGCAAUUCGCGUGCACAUGUACAUCGGCUACUAA